UUCUUGUGUGUCCCCCACUACAUGCCUCCCCUCUUCUUGUGUCUUCCCGACUACAGCUCUCCCCUAUUCUUGUGUCUCCCCCACUACAUCCCUCCCUGUUUCUCAUCACCCCGCCUCUCUCUUCUCGUCCCCAUCCUCCCCUGUUCCGUUCCCUGUUCCUGUUCUUCUGUCCUCUGGUAUCUCCCCAAUAACUGUGUCUCUUUCUCCCUCCCCCCCCUCCUCUCUCUCUCCAACAGGAAUCCUGGACCUUCCAGAUGUCAUCACCCCCAGCAGCAGAGAUGUCUCCUCCCCACCAGGACGGUCAUCAGAUGUCGGUGAGCAGAGCAGCAAAGGGACCUCAGAGGACACCACCCUGCCUGAUGAGGAUGUACUGGGGAAUCAAAUGGUACCUGCAGUAGCUGGGAGUGAGCUCAAUGAGGUGGACCCCACUGGGCCUCCUGCCCAGACAACAGAGUUCUCCCGGCCUCGUCGCUUCUCAUCUCUGCAGUGUCAGCCUCAGAGGGACGAGGUCAGCCGGCUGCGGGCCUCCUCUGGUAGGAGCAAGACCCAGCAACACCAGGAGGCCCUUGGCUUGCCCAACAUUGGAAACAGCUGCUUCCUGAACGCGUCCCUGCAGUGUCUCUACAGCCUGCCCUGCUUCUGCAGUGACAUCACGGGGCAGGAGGACCUCUGGAGCCCCCGGAGAAGAACCAAGCUGAAGCUGCUGAGGUACUUGGGGGAGCUAUAUAAAUCCCGGCAGGGUGAGGGCUCCUACAAAGGCAAGCGCCGGCUCCUUUGGUCCAUCAAGAGCAGUCUGGCAGAGUUCAACGAGGAGUACGAGCAUAUCACUGAGCAGGAUGCUCAUGAGUUCCUGCUCCUCCUCUUCAUGAAGAUGAAGAUGGAAGGUGAGACACUGCAGGAGAUCUCCACGUCACCCAGCUAUAUCUGCCCCGUCCAGAACUUUGAGUUCAGACUGCAGUGUGUACGCACCUGCACCAGCUGCGGUGACAAGGUCUUCCAGGAGGAGGAGCAGAACCACUUGUCCUUGGACCUCCACCCGUCGUUGAUAGCUGGCCUCCAAUUCUACUUCAAACCUUCAGAGUUGGAGUGCACCUGCCGGCAGUGCUCUGGAUGUCAGACAACAGCGGUUCGGCAUUUCCUCACUCUGCCCAGAGUGUUACUCCUUCACAUGAAGCGCUUCCACCACGACGGGGCACGGUUGAGGAAGGUGACCGAUGCUGUCAGCGUUCCUCCAUGGCUGUCUCUGGCCUCCCUCGUUGGAGAGCAGGGUGCUGCAGCUGGGAUAGACCCACUGAGAUCAAGUUAUGGAGAGGGGGAAAUCGCAUCUGGAGCAAAACCAAGUGCAAACAUGGGUAAGAAAAAAGUGAUGGAUUCCUAUCUCAUGCCCAACCGCUUGAGUUUUUCAGUUGUGUACAAAACAGGAUUGUUGGUGUGUUUCUCAGCAGCAGUGGAUCAUCUUGACAGUGCAGGAGACAGGGACAGAGGUCUUCAGGAAGUUCAUGGGAAGGAUCACAGCAACCAGAGCACCUACCGUCUGUCGGGGAUGGUCUCUCACCUCGGGGAGAGCAUCAACACCGGCCACUACGUCAGUGACGUAGCUCGAGAGGACGGCGCCGGAUGGUUGACCCUCAACGACGCCCGUGUGACGCCCGCGGAGACGCCGGUCCUGAGGACCAGAGAGAAGACCGCCUACAUGUUGUUUUACGUCCUAAGUGGAGCAGAAGAGGGAAGCCAUGUCCCACUGGCUCAGAACCAGGAGCCAUCUGGAGCUGAGAGGGACUGACACCUGUGAGGCCCAGGAGAGCGCUUGAUUGGUGGUGCCUCUACAGCCCGCUCUGGGGGCCACACCCUGCAGCCCCCCUCUACAGCUGAGGCCCACCUUUAAACGCCCCCCUAGGGGCCACACCCUGAAGCCCCCCUCUACAUCCCCCCCUAGGGGCCACACCCUGAAGCCCCCCUCUACAUCCCCCCUAGGGGCCACACCCUGAAGCCCCCCUCUACAUCCCCCCUAGGGGCCACACCCUGAUGCCCCCCUCUAGGGGACCUGAGGCCCCUCUCUACACCCCCCUCUGGGGGCCACACCCUGCGUCCCCCUUCUACAGCCCCCUCUAGGGGCUAACCAACCCCCUCUACACCCCCCUCUCGGGGCCCUGCGGCCCACCUCUUUGGACGUUAAGGCUGAUCAUAAUGAGGAUCACUUUAUUUUUAUUUUGUAUCAUAAUAAUGAGGAGCAUAUUCAUAUUAUGUAUAAUAAUAAUG